CAAGACAACCAGCACCUCAUCAGCUGAGGAUCAUCAUCUGAUGAGGCCAUCUUAGCGUAUAUCACAAGAACAAUAUGAAGGACUGAGAAGAAUUCAGCUGGCGUCUGAUUGGCUGGCUGGAGUUACGGGAUCUGAUCGAUGUUUACCAACGGAGCGUCUUCAGCCGACCGGCCGUUAAGAAACUCCUCUCGUCCGAAUACAAGGGCCUGCUGUACCAAAUCCAACACACCCUGCAGCUAUGCGAAGCCAUAAUGGCGAAAAUUAAAGAGGAGCUCUGGUAUAUUCUUCAGCAUUUAAAAGAAGACGAGUUGAAGCAUUUCAAGUGGUUCCUGGAGCAGGAGAAUCUUCUGGAAGGCUUUUCAGGCAUCCCAGUUUCUCGGUUGGAGACGGCGGACAGGAAAGACACGGUGGAUCUGAUGGUGCAGAACUAUCAGGACGAUGGAGCAAGGAAGGUAGCCAUGAACAUUUUAAAAAAAAUCAACAGGAAUGAUCUGGUGCAGAAAUUUCAAAACUUUGAACUAAAAGGCCAACCAACAGAGAUUCAGCGCGAGAGAAAUGGAUCAGUAGUUAAGAAACGAUGGGUUAAACUUUUGUUCUUAACUUUAAUUGUUAUAAUUGUGUGUUAUGCCUGGCUUGGCAAAAACUGCAACCUGGGUCAGCAGUCUGCAGUGGAGGUGACUCUGGAUCCUGAUACCACACAUCCUAAGCUCGGGCUUGGGUUAUUACAUCUCAGGGACUCAUCACAUAACUUUUGGUGGGGCCCCAAGAUGGGCAGUUGCGGCCCUGAAGAUAAGUACGCUGCCAAUGAGAACAACCCUGUGGAUCUCUCUUUUAACCGCACUCUCGAGAAGGUGGGAGUGUUUGUGGAUUAUGACGAGGGUCUGGUCUCCUUUUAUAAUGUUGAUAGUGCAGAUCUACUCUACUCAUUUACUGGCUGCUCUUUCACUGAGAAACUCCUUCCAUACUUCAGUCCCUGUACUACUGAUGGUGGUUUGAACUCUGCCCCUCUGAUCAUCACUCCUGUUGAUCGCCCACUGAACCAGACAAAAGACUUUGGUGGUCCAGAACAAUGUGAAAGAAAGACAGCUAUGCCGAUGAAAGUCCUUCAAUCUGCAGUGGAGGUGACUCUGGAUCCUGAUACAGCACAUCCUUAUCUCGUCCUGUAUGAUGAUGGAAAACAAGUAUAUCUUAGUGAUGAGGAGAAGAUUCUACCGGACAACCCUGAGAGAUUUAGCAGAUGUGUGAACCUCUUAGGAAAGCAGAGUUUCUCUUCAGGAAGAUUUUACUUUGAGGUUCAGGUUAAAGGCAAGACUGCCUGGACUGUAGGAGUGGCCAAACAAUCAAUCAAAAGGAAAGGACGAAUUAUACUCAGUCCUAAAGAUGGUUUCUGGACUGUGUGGUUGAGACAUGGAGACGAAUACGCUGCCAAUGAAAACAACCCUGUGGAUCUCCCUUUUAAUCGCCUUCUCGAGAAGGUGGGAGUGUUUGUAGAUUAUGACGAGGGUCUGGUCUCGUUUAAAGAUUUUAAAGAUGGUGCUCAUUGUGUCCGCUGAUUGGAAACAAUUACAUCAAAGUGGUCAAGAGCAAUAAUAUGAGAGAAAGUAGGCGAUGAGCGUCGAGCAGUUUGCAGUCGAUUGCGAGUCCUUGUACUAACGACCAUGCUGCCAACUUGAUCUUUUGUCCUGUUAAUCUAAACCAGGGGUGUCCAAACUAAGACCCGGUGGUUCGUAGGUUCUGAUUUCAGUUCUGCUAAUCGGUUUCCAGUUCUUAUCAAGGGUCGAAAUACAUCACUUUUAUUUCACACCAAAACAACACCUCACACAGUAAAUGUAACUUGUGAAAUUAUUCCAUACGGUUUAAUUUGGUUGCUGUUGUUUAAUAAUAUGUUUUAAUAAUCUGCAUUAAUUUUGCAUUCACAAUUUAAUUUUAAAUGGCGCAAUUUUAGAUAUUACAAUUUUGCCCUGGUCUGGAAAAGCGUUUUAUAAAUAACGUUUAUUUACCAUAAGUGCCGGUGUUUUCAGGGAUUCUAGUUUCGUGAAGUUGGCCAAAGUUUAGCUUGAGGUGUUAAAACGAUAGAUUUUAUAUUUUGUAGAGCCUGAUAUUUCGCUAACACGGGCCAUUUUUUUCUAUUACAAUCAAAUGUUAUUAAAUGUAAUGUGUUUUUUAUUAUUAUUAUUUUCUAAGCAAUGAAGGAAAGAUUAUGUUGGAAAUUGAAUUAUAGGAAAUGUUGUCUGAUGUUUGUCAAUGAAAUGAAUAUCUUGUAAAUAAUCAUAUUUUGCAAAGAACACACUGGCUUGAAUGAUGAA